AUGUCGAAGAGUGAGGUUCCUAGUUACAGCCAAUUCGCAUGCGUGGGCACUGGGUUUGCGGGCAUUGGGCUUGGCGCGACGUUGAAACGGUGGUAUGAUAUCGGCGACAUCCAGUUCUUUGAACGAAACAACAAGCUAGGUGGAACGUGGUUUGUGAACCAGUAUCCAGGAUGUGCUUGCGAUAUUCCAAGUGCGCUUUACAGCUUCUCAUUCGAAGCCAAUCCCAACUGGAGUCGGGUUAUGCCGCCGCAGGAGGAAUUAUGGCGAUACCUGGACCACGUUGCGAGGAAGUACAACCUCACAAACAAGAUGAAGUUUGGUGUUGACGUCGAGAGAUGCGAAUGGUCAGAAGCCCGUCAACGCUGGAGAAUAACCAUUCGGCGGUACAGCGAUGACAGCAUAUUCACCCAUGAGUGCCAAUACCUGUUCACGGCCACAGGGCAGCUCAUGCAGCCGAACCCAAUCGAUGUCCCGGGAGCCGAGAACUUCAAAGGUGCCAUCUUUCAUUCUUCUCGGUGGGAUGCGAGUGUGGACAUUGAGGGCAAGAAGGUGGUUGUUUUCGGCAAUGGCUGCACUGCAACACAGCUGAUACCAGCGAUCGUGGACAAGGUGAAGCACCUCACGCAGGUGAUCCGGACGAAGCACUGGAUCAUGGAAUCAGUCGACUCUGCCAACACGACGUUCAUGAAGAAGGUGUUCGGCAGCAUUCCCGGAACCAUGACGAUCCAGCGGCUUCUCAUGUUUGCCUGGGCAGAAGACUCAUUUCGUGGGUUUUACAUGACUGAUGCCGGGACGCGCUACCGCAAAAGAGUGCAGGCGCGGGUUGAGAAGUACAUGAAAGCGACAGCACCGGAGAAAUACCACGACAAGAUCAUUCCCGAUUUUGAGCUUGGCUGCAAACGACGCGUUUUUGACUCCGGAUACCUCGAGAGCUUGCACUCGGAGAAUAUGACUCUGAUGGACGAUCCGGUCCUUGAGAUCGUACCAGAAGGAAUCAGGACCAAGGACGGCAUUAUUGAAGCAGAUGUAAUAGUCAUGUGCAACGGCUUUGUGACGAACAAUGCGGUUGGAGGGUUGAAGGUGAUUGGGCGAGGCGGCGAGACGAUCGAUCAACACUGGGAGAGCUUUGGCGGCGCAGAGGCGUACAACUGCACCAUUCUAAACAACUUUCCCAACCUUUUCGUGCUACUAGGCAGGUCUCUUUGCACGCUUCAAAUACUUCAUUAUUUGCUGACUGCGGUUAACUAG